CCUCGGUCGCGUUUCUCUGUCGCACAAUCGACGUUUUUGGGGGAAUCUGUCGCCGCCUCUCUCCCAGGGUGCUGCAUUGCUCCCUCCUACUUAUGCAAUAGGAGCUGCGGCGGCAACAGCCUUUUAAUCAGCCUUGUUUCCGCACUCUUUUCCCUUGACCCGUGUUAGUUUCCCGGUCCAGGUUCAAUAAAGUUGCCAGAACAUCUGUUGCUAAUGGUGGUAAAUUUGUGGAGCUUUUCAAUGGGGACAUUUAUUGAAUAUGCAUAAAAGGACAGACCCUUGCAUUUGUGAGUUUGCCUAUUCACAUGGGACAUUCUACAUUUGUGCAAAGUUUUGCAUCACAGAUUGGUGUCAAGAAUUGGCAAUAACCAGUUAAGGGUUUUGAAGGAAAUUCUUGUCUACUUGAGCACUAAAAUUGUUGGAAGGAAAGGGCACGAGGGAGAGAAAAUGAACAAUCAAGUCCAUUCCUCGAAGGAUGUAACUCCUUAUGCAAAUUCAUCAUUUUUGAAUACAUGGAAGGGUUUGACUUUUAGUAAUGAGUAUAAGAAAAAGAAGUCUAAGAGGCAUAAGGCCUAUGGUGAUGAUGUUGAGCUAAGUGCUACUGAAACCGAGGCUAUUAGCUUGGAGGGCAACAUAGAUCAAAGUAAUCGUGAGAUAGGGAAGAACAGGAAGAAGAAGAAGAAAAGGAAGUCAUUGCAAAUUAAUGUUGAAUCUGAUGUAGUAUCUCAUAAAGUUAGGAAGCGAGAUAAGGUGGGUGAUACUAUUGAAGAAGUUAGUAAAAGUAAAGAGGAUUUGGAGGAGUUCUGCAUUGGAGUAGGGGAAAUGAUGAGCUUGAAAAAGGAUGACAAUAUGGAUUUGGAGAGCAAUUUUGAGUCAGGAGUACUGGACUAUAAAAAAAAGGAUAAGGAGAAGAAGAGCAAGGAUAAAAAUGGAAAUGGAAGGGAUCACCUGGAUGAAAAUAUCCUGGACCAUGUUGAGUCUCUAUGGAAGGAAAGGAAGCAAAAGAAGUAUCAGCUUAAGGGUGAUUUGGGGACUAAAUUACCAAAAGUCAUGGCUGGGAUGCAUGGUAAUGAAAGUAAUGCAAUAGAGGAAGAUGGAGGUAAUAUAGAUUCAAGUGAAGAUGUAAACCUAGGUGCUCAUGCUCGUAAUGAUCAAAGAAAAGAUGAAAAGGAGAGAAAGAAACGGAAAAGAGAGAGGCAUGCUAGUGAUGCUGGGGUAAUAAUUAAUGAAAUUGAUAAAAAAAAUGUUGAUAAUAAUAAUGAGUUGGAUGGAAAUAUCUUGGAAAAUGUUGAGCAUUCAAGGAAGAAGAGGAAGAAAAAGCAUAAUGUUGAUUUGGCAGUUGCAUUGAAGGAACAUAUGGAUGUGAAAUUAUGUAAUGAAAGCAAUCUGAUGGGAGAACAUGAAGGUAAUGAAUGUUCUAUUAAAAUUAAGGUAGGAAGGGGAAAAAUAGAAGACUGUACUGUUAAGAAAGUCAAGAAGAAGAAGAGCAAGUCAAUUGAAAACAACUCUGAAGGAAAAGGUAGUGAAAGAGCACAAAGAGUGGGCAAAGGUGUCAAGCAUACCAAUCCAUUUGAAAACUUUAUACCACAAGGGACAUGUAAGAGGGUAAGAUUUUCUGAAGAGGUGGAGGUUUUUCCUUUAUUUAAUGGUCCAAGCACUGAUAAUGUUCAAGAAGAAGAAUUGGUGCGAGGGAAGCGAUUCUCGCUUGAGGAAGAUGAGAUGGUUAAAGAGGCUGUUUUGAACUACAUUGAUGCUCAUGGAUUAGGAGAAGAAGGCCUAACAAUGGUUCUGAAUUGUAAGAAGUAUCCUGAACUUAGAAACUGUUGGAAGGAAAUAGGGGCAGCCCUACCUUGGAGGCCUUCGGUGAGUGUCUAUUAUCGAGCCCAUGUCUUGUUUGAAAGGGAUGAAAAACAUUCUUGGACCUUAGAGGAGUAUGAAUUCGUGCAUAAGUUUCAUGAGAAACAUGGUUCUAAUUGGAAAACUUUGGCUGAAGCACUUGGCAAACAUAGAGUUCAUGUGAAGGAUACAUGGCGUAGAAUAAAAGUUGCCAAUAGGAGAAGGGGGAAAUGGUCCCAAGAGGAGUACCAGACGUUAUUUGAUUUAGUAAACAUGGAUUUGCGCAUGAAAGCUUGUGAGGAAAGUAAAUCAUCCAAACAUGGAAUGUUGCGAGAUAAUAUCAGUUGGACUGCGAUCAGUGAGAAGCUGGGGACCAGAGCUACUCCUAUGUGCUGCAUGAAAUGGUAUGACCAGCUAACUCCACCAAUGGUAGCUGAAGGUAAAUGGCUUGAUGUAGAUGACUACCGCCUUGUGAUUGCACUCUAUGUCUUGGAUGCUUGCUGCAUGGAAGAUGUGGACUGGGACAAUCUUCUAGAGCAUAGAUCCGGUGAUCUGUGUAGAAAGAGAUGGAAUCAAAUGGUUAAACACAUUGGUGAAUAUGGGAAUAAGUCAUUUGCUGACCAGGUUGAAAUUCUUAUAGAACGUUAUUGCCCAGACGUGCUUGAAGCAAGGGAGGCUUAUAAUAGCAAACCUAUAGUUCCUUGAGUGAAUGGUCCCGCAUGUUCUUUUUUCCUUUUCUUUUUAGUCUCUUUUGUGAUGUUAUGAAGCCUAAAGAUGUUGCAACCUGCAUGUUUACAUGGGACUGGAACUGUGGGUUAUUGUGUAAAGUUUUUUAUGGCUUUUGUUUACUCUGGGACUGAUAAUAGGCCCAGUACAAGAGUUUCUCGUAGCAAAUGAAAAUUAUGGAACCUGUUCAGAAAAACUUUUAGGAUUCAUUUCCUCAUUUUUUGUUAUUUUUUUUCUAUAAAGAUUAUCAAGUGAAAAAAGAAGAUAAUAGCAAGCACCUUAUAUUAUUGGGAGAAACAGUUUGUGUAAUUUUAUUUUAUACUUUACUGCUU